UCACAAUUUUUCUGUAUUCAUGACAGGGCUCCGUCCCUAUCCUCAGCAAAUAGUGUGUUUAACUCAUUCUUUCAAAAAGAUCAAAACUGGUCAUGUGUAAAAGCCAUCCUUCCAUUUAUCCGCUCAUCCUCACAAGCAUCCCAUGAGUGCUGAAACUAAUCCCAGCUAUCUUCGGUUGAGCGGCACAGUACACCUUAAACUGGUUACCUGUCAGUCGCGGGGCACAUAUGGACAACCAAUUAACUAACUAUUAACUAACAAUUAAUAUUCACACUUAUGACACCUAUCAUAUUUUUGGAGUUUGGUCAGAAACUGGAGUACCCGGUGUAAACCCACGCAGUGACGGGGAGAGUAUGCAAACUCCACACAGGCAACGCAGCGAUUUGCACUCCGGUCCUCAGAAUGGUGAGGUCGAUGUGCUAACUAGCAGUCCACCAUGCCUCCAAUAUGUAAGAUUUCAAUUUUUUUUAAUGAAUUGCUCAAGAAUCAAAGCUUCUGAGGGAAUUAUAAAAGUCUCAUUCAGUCACCUGUACUUCCUCUCUGCAAUUCACAAGAUACAUCACACUCCCCUUGUGAUCUAUAUUUGUUCCCCAUACGUCUUGCAGGUGAAUAAACGAGUGUCUGACGUGAAUGGGCUACACAAAAGGACAGCUGGUGUUUGGUUCCAUUAGCCCUCCUAAAUGAGUCAAGGUGAUGCCUUUCCUGGAAGCUUCGCCGCCUAGUUUGACCUCCAUAGCCAUCACGUAGGCACUUCCACCGUGUCAGCUGGCCCACCAGCCAACGUCUCUCAGUACACUGCUGCCAAAACACACAUGGCAUCCGCUCACCUCUGGGGAAAUGGUACACCCAUCAUUCGGUUCUUCCCAGAUAGAUUGGUUAGCUCUUUGUCCUCCACAGCUGCAGUCUGGCACAGCUGUAACAAAAGAAUAUUCAUAUUCCUGCGAAAGGCUAUGUUGUUAUUACCCCCGCCCCCCCUUACUGAUUUAGUGAUAUGAAACGUCAUGUGUGCCAUUAAAUGGAUGACGUCGUUAAUAUGUCAUUGAUGCGGAGAGCGGCAGAGCUGGGCGGAUGGAGAGGGGGAGUCGGCGUCCCGUCUGUUUUCAAUUAGCCGCUGAAAUGUUCAACAUGGGAGCUGCUCUGCCGUAUUCUGUUCCUUCUCUCGCUUGGAUGCAGGGAAGUGAAUUAGAGAUUCAGCUGAGAUAGGCUUCACUGUCCAAGCCCAGGUCAACUCAGAUAUUGGAGAGUGACGAAUAAUCGCACCGACCUAUGUAACGGAAUCAUAUCCAUGUUUUCGAAGACGUGAAGAAGAAUGAUUGUUGCUGUCAAAUGAAACAGAUGGACAGUAUUAUUUUAGGGGGAGGAUUUUCAGUUGAAAUGAAACAUCACAAAAUUGAUUGGGGAUGUAUGUUUUUCAUUGGACGAUGAAAAAUAAUCACACUGACAUCAAUAAUGGAAUUGUAUCCAUGUGUGGAAAGAGACGAGAAGGGCUGGAGAAGAAUGGUUGUCAAAUGUAACACAUGCAUCUCCCAAAAAAAUUGUGUCGGUCAGUUUUGCAACUAACUUUAUAUUGUCCAAGUUUGACAUACUUGUCAAAAUGAUGACAAUAUAUGUCAUGAACAAAAGUAUUUUGGAAACCUGUGAUUUUAGUCCAGCUCAGGACAAAUGGGCUACAUUCAACAGAUGCAAAGACCAUAAAUGGGGUCACGUUUCGGCUACUUGACUGGCUGUGGUUCUCGUUAUUAUAGUAGGGCAGGUUUUUAUGAGGAUACCUACAAGUGUGACAAGCACUCUGCCUGCUAUUGCACUUCUUGUUCAUUAUGUUUUACCAAAUGUAGUCUUCUGUGGUCUUUAGGUAGGCUGUUCGACUCCACUCAAAAUGGAGUAUUGUGUUCCACGUCAUAAAUCAGGGAUUUAUUACCUUCAUAGCACAUGAGGUGGUGAGAAUUCAAACCUUUCAUUUAUCUCCCGAAACUGUGAAGCAACCAUCACAAGCGGGAAUGUGGGUGAAAACGCAACCUUCCACUUCCUGUGGUCUUACACCUAGUCAGCUCGAUUUUCAACCUAAUAGACAAAAAGAAAAACAAAAUUGCAUAUUGCAGCAAAACGGACUUGGCAGCGCAAAAGCUUAUUCAGUAUUGAUCCUCUGAGGUCAGUGCCCAUGUCUCUGUGUGCCAACAAUGUGAGAGGGUUUCACUCUCACGCUUGCCAGCCACAAAUUCUGAUUAGAAGGCAUAAAUUGUGUGUGGGAAGGAGGGGGGGGGGGGUGUAUCAAGAAGCUGCCUCACGUCAUGAUCUCCACUUUACCUGAGGAGGAAAGUUGUUUGCAUGAGCUCUUGUGAGUACGGAAGUUGAGAUCAAGCCAUCUGUCCCGCAUCUCACCAGCAGCACUUUGCUAAUGUACAAAAAUAUAUACCGACGCCCAACAGGAUACAUUUAAGAUGAUCAGCAGCAGGCAAAGCUCUCUUAAUGAAUACUGUUCACUCUGCUUUGCACUGUACCAUCUGUUAGGCAAAUAUGGGCGAACAAAAAAAAAUGAUAAUUCUGCAAAAGGGCAACUUUUCUCUGAGUUUAAAAGUUGCACACUGUGGCUUUUGUUCCUGCAACAGCAACGUGACGAAUAUUUUCCUUUAUUCUUCGACCCUCGCCAACAAAAAUAACUUCAUGCCACUCAGACCGAAAAAUAAGCUCAGCUGUGGGACAAAGCCUCAUUGAAUACUUAGGAAUACAGAAAAUACACCGAGCAGGAAUGUUCUGUUGGGAAAGGGAAACCACAUUUGAUAUAUGUCUUAAAAAUAUUCCUUUCAUGGGAUAUGGAUAUGUUUUGGUAAAAAUAGCUGAUUUGAAACGAAGCGCAUAUUAUUAUUAUUCUCCGCUCUUUAACACAUACCAAAGUCUGUUUCAUUUGUAAAAACAUAUAUAUGUAUAUAUGGGUUUUUUUUAGCUUUAAUAGGUAAAAAUAUUUUCAUAGUUUCAUGUGUGACAUACAGGAGAUUCCAUGCUUUUCCAUUGUCUCAGACUCAUCGUGAAACACAUCAAAUAAGCAGAUGUGGCGUCGGGUUUAGGCCGCCUAUUACUGCAGAAAUGCAUAAAAAAAGAAGGUCGGCAUCAGUGCUUCAUGAAAGUGAGGCACGUUAUCUGCUGGAAAAUGGACCGCUUGAGAGCUUGCCAAUCAUGCAGACACAUUGACGGGAGGAAGAAUAGCGUGACACAAAGAUUUAAACUGAUGUGAUUGUGGCCAGUGUGACCACAAUGGUCAGUACAAUCAAAAGUUUACAUGUAUUUUAACUAAUUAGAUGGAAAUGUGUGGGAAAGGUGUUUGAAUUCUAAAGAAACCACCAAAAGAAGAAAUGAAGAAAGUGGGGGGGGGGUACAAUAAAUUUGCUUAAAUUAAAAGACGUUGUAGCAUGACAAAAAUAAAGAUGGCACUUUAAUGCAUUUAAUGAGAAUAAUGGUAAUAUUUUGAGAAAAAGUCCCUCUUCUGUGAAAAAAAUCCAAUCCAUUUUUUUCUUUAAAAGAACAUACUUCAGCGAAUUAAAUGUAUUCUUUUAUGCUUGUGAUAUUGUGACAUUUUCUUCUACUACUUUUUUAUUACCAUUUUUAUCUGAAAAUGAAUGAAUCCCAUUUAUUGUUAUUACCAAUUCAGGUUGGUAAAAAUGGUUCAAAAAUGGCUUCACUUCAGAUUUUUACAUCAGCUGUUCCGCCAAAUAAUUUAGCUAGUUAAGAUAGUGUUGUUGUACUAAACAUCAAAGUAUUGAGUAAAGUCAGCAUGAAAGAAAUAUAUAUUUUUUUUAAAUCACUAAAGUCACAUCCAACAAAAUAGCUUGAAUUCAAAUGAUUAAAGGUUCUGUAGAAUCAAAGAAACAGUGUUGUUUUCCUAAAAUGGUUCUCAAUUCUGUUUUUGGACCAUUUAAAUAAACGCUUAGGCAAAAGAAGGGAGGGGGAAAAAAACUAAAAGCAGAAGAUUAAUGGAGCUGCUGUUGCAUUAUGGACAGCUACACCCAAGGGUGUGGAAGGUUCCAGCAGAUACUGCGCUGAUACAUUGUGGAUUGCACUGUAAGCAACUUUUACUGCCCUUCCAUCCUAUGGGCAAUGGUGUAAUUAACUUCCCCUCGCCAUAUUAUUCCUGCUCCCCUAAUAUGCAAAGAGAAAAAAAGCUGAAUACUUGGGGCGGAAUAAAAAUGGCUGUCGUGGAACUAAUUUUGUCUCCGGUUUGGGAACGCGCCGAUGGGAUGGCGUCCUUCUCGUGCAACAUUUCAGCAAUGCUAAUGAAUGCACAAGAUGAACAACAUUAUUCAGGCCUCUGAGGUUUUUCGUCGCCGCCUUUUUCCCCCCUUUCCCAGUGGUCUGUCUUGUCUUUUCCCUUUCACCUGCACCCCUUUCCUCCCAUUUCAAGGGAUUAUCUUGAGAAUGAUUGCAUUCCUUCUUUUCCACUCCAAUCACACCUCUCAGAAAUGUGUGGGCUAAGGUUAAUAUGAGGGGUAAAGCCUGCACUUGGAAGGUAUUUUUUCACAUCUUUCAUAUCUCUCUCUCACAUGUAUAAUUUGAAAAUUGUCUAAAUUGUAACCUUGCGUGGUGAGAUCCUUGAUGGUACUUUAUACCCUUGACAUUUGACUUCUUGGAAACUUGGAAACAUACUUGUUCCAUUUUGACAGUGGAAAAUGGAGGAACUGUGACUCAGACUGUGAGUCCAACGUGGUUACGUGUAUCGGCAGGGUCAAAAAGGGACUCAUCUGAGUAUACUCCUAGGUUUGAUCGGCAGCUUUUAUAAUGCAGUGUUUAAAGAAAAUAAAGCAAUUACGUCAUGUCACGUCUAUGUGACAGAGUAUCCGCUAGAAUGAAGGGCAAAGUUUAUAAAACAGUGGUGAGGCCGGCCAUGAUGUACGGUUUAGAGACGGUGGCUCUGAAGAAAUGACAGGAAGCAGAACUGGAGGUAGCAGAAAUGAAGAUGCUGAGGUUCUCGCUUGGUGUAAACAGGUGGGAUAGGUUUAGAAAUGAGCUGAUUAGAGGGACAGCCAAAGAUGGAUGUUUUGGAGACAAGGUUAGAGAAAGAAGACUUCGGUGGUUUGGACAUGUUCAGAGGCGGGAGAGGGAGUAUAUUGGUAAAAGGGUGCUGAGGGUGGAGCUGCCAGGCAAAAGAGAGAGAGGAAGACCAAAGAAAAGGUGGAUUGAUGUUGUGAGGGAAGACAUGAGGACAGUUGGUGUGAGAGAGGAGGAUGCAUGAGAUAGGCUUAGAUGGAAAAAGAUGACACGCUGUGGCGACCCCUAAUCGGGACAACCCAAAAGAAAAAGAAGAAAGUAAUUACGUCAUGAGACUUGUGAGAUUUCUUUCUGAAAAUAAGCAUAAAGGUGCUGUUGGAAGGAGAAGGGGAAAGUGAGUGAGUCGUGCAAGUGUGACUGUGACAGCUGCAGUCGAACUCACGGAGUACAAUAGCAAAGGCGCUGAUUUUACCCCAACGUUUCCAUUAUGCAGAUCAGCGGGAAGUGUCUUUCUGACAUGUUCACCCCCUCCGUCUGCAGCGAGUCAGGCAUUGCACCAUCCGUCCUCCUCCCCUCCCGUCCCGUCCUGCACAGCUCACCCUCUUUGAUGUACGAGACGAGCGCACCAGAGUCCUCCUCAGUCCGCUGUCAGGAGGUGCCCAGACCGAGAUGAAGAAGGUAGUCGGGGACAACGCCACAUUGCCAUGCCACCACCAGUUCCAAUCAUCCGGCUCGAUUGAUAUUGAGUGGCUCCUGCAGAAACCAAACUCCAAACAGAAAGUGAUCAUUACGUUCUUCGGCGGCCACGUGUACACUAAUGAGGGCACCGAUGCCAGCCGCUUGUCCUUUGCCGGGGAGUACCUGGGUGGCGACGUCUCCCUGCUGAUCAGUGACCUGCUGCUGACUGACUCUGGGGAGUACUACUGCAAGGUCAAGACUGGGGGGAAGUACCACUGGAGCCAAGUCAACCUCAUUGUGCUGGUGAAACCCUCCAAGCCAAUAUGUCGGAUGGACGGCGACCUCCUGGAAGGCAGCGACGUCAAGCUGAGCUGCAAGUCCAGCGACGGUUCCGACCCCAUCAACUACAAGUGGGAGCGAGUGCUAGACAAAGGGAAGAGCAUUGGCAAACUGCCAAACCUGGCACUUAUAGAUCUGAAGAACCCUGAACUCAUGACCCUGAGGAACCUCACCAUGGACAGCACAGGGGUCUACAGGUGCACGGCCAGCAAUGACGUGGGCGAGGAGAACUGCACCAUUGAGGUCCCAAUGCAGCGUGUGAAGGAUAUGGGUAAGAUGGCUGGCGCAGUCGUGGGAAUUUCCCUGGGUGUGCUCAUCGUCAUAUUAACCGUCUGGCUUGUCUUCAGAACAAAAGAGAAAAAGAAGUAUGAGGAGGAGGAAACUCCAAAUGAGAUAAGGGAGGACGCAGAGGCUCCCAAAGCCAAGCUGGUGAAGCCCAACUCGCUUUCCUCGUCCCGCUCCGGCAGCUCACGCUCAGGGGCCUCCUCCACCCAGUCGAUGGUGCACAACAGCGCCCAGCGUGGCCACCGCCCCCGCCCACCUGCAGUUGCGGCGCUCAAGGAAAAUGGACAACCUCCGGGUUUUCCUCAGUCCCCUCCAGCCUACAACACAGUGGUGCCGGCCAAGAACACCGAGCCCCCCACCACUCCCAAAUUCAACUCCAGGAAUAUGUCUGGGCCGACACCGCCGACCCUCAUGGUCCCUGCCCAGACCAAGGCCUUCCAGACUGUGUAGGACUGAAAGCUAACUCCUCCCUGCAGCCAUGCCAUGACUCCAAUUCCUGCCCCCCCAACCCUGUACCCACUUCCCAAAGACUAAGACUCUACCAUAAACAAAGAAAUGCAACUAGUUAAAGGGAUGUAAUUAAAAAUUCAAUACUAUAAGUCCAAAAUUACUUCUAAUGAAUGCAUACUAAAAAGGGAAAAUAUGAAAUGCUUUCCCCCUACUGAAUUAUAUAAAAGAAAAUGUAAAAAAAAAAAAAAAAAAAAAAAAAAAGCUCAGAGAGAAGGCUCUGUUUGUGCCUUGCGACUCAAGGAAGAAAGCACUGCACCCGGCGAGCUGGACGGACGGCCUCGUCGAGUAUUUGUCAUAUCACAAUUUUAGGGAUGUAACGGAGAAAAGGGGCAACAAUCGGAUAAAACACUCAAAUGGAUGAUCGUAGACGUAGCCCCCCACACCCCUUCCACCAAUGAUACGUAUGAGAUGGAGACUGCAGAUGUUUUCUUCUCCAGUGGGAUGAUGUCACUUUCCAGCACCUGACCCAAAACCACAGACUCCAUUUGCCACCCAUGGUUUGACCCAGUUGUGCCCCGUGCGUGCGGCCAGACACAGUAUUUCAAUGUGUAUGUGUGUUUGUGAGUGAGCAUUCGUGUACUUGUGAGUGCACCGUUCACCUCUCUUUUAAGGGAGGAAUCCACCAGGAACCGACUUGGACUCACUCAUCUGACUGAUCAGCCCAAUCUGCUUCACCACCAGCUGGGCAAACUUCAGGUAUAAGGAUGUAGCACUAACAAGUGGAGUGACAUUAACCGAGUCUUCACCUCUUUUCUGGUACUGAAUACCUUACUACUAUUAAACACGUACCCGUGUAUUAGGCCUAUAGACACACCAUGCUUUGAUAUAAGGAAUAAGCAACUAUUAACUCAUCUGGAGUAAUUUUUCGCCUUCUUUGUUUUAUGUGUUUCUCUUUUUUUUUUCCGAACUGGUCGAAUGGUUGACAGGCGGAUUGGUUAUCAUAAGAAAGUGCCACCAUUCCUUAAAAUGGGUUAUUGUUUUUGUCUUUAUUUUUGUUGAACUGCUGCAUUUCAGAAGUGAAACCAAAAUGUGUUAACCAUGAAUGUGCGCUGAAGGGGGGAGCGAGGACGAUGCCGUCGUUUUCAUUGCAGUAAGUUACUGAAUUCACAAGCGAAUAGAAUUCGUUUUCACUUCUACUACCUGCUUUCACUCUUCUAAUAAGAUGAUGAAAUUAAUAACAAAGAUGAAUUGAGCUUUGUAAUGUUUUAUUAUUUACGAUUGUAAUUGUGUGGGAUCAACUGUACCAUAAUUUCCAGCCUACAGAGCGCACCUGGUUACAAGCCUCACAGAGCACAUUUGUAGGGAAAUACCAUUUGGUAAAUACAUACGCCGCAACUGUGUAAAAGCCAGAUGUGCCCACAUUGAAACCCACAUUGAAACAUGGGAUAUUUACAAAAAAAGAUGGUACACAGAAAGAGUUAAGUCGUGCUAGCGCUAAGACUAAUAGGGUCGGUUAAAAUAAAACUUACCGGUAAAUAUCACUGAGACACGCCACUAACACAGCGCUAACGCUAGCGCCGCACUAAAGCAAAUGCUAACAGGGUCGGUUAAAAUAAAACUUACCAGUAAAUAUCACUGAGACAGGCCACUAGCACAGCGCUAAAGCUAGCGCAGCGCUAAUAGGGCUGGUAAAAUUUACUUCCUCGGGACAUAUAUUCCACCGGUCUCAUUCUUACCUUUUCCAGGUUUGAAAGCGUGUGAAAAAAGCCGCGGCUUGUAGGCCGGAAAUUACGGUAAUUGAUUUGAUCAGAAGCAAUUGAUGACAGCUCGAAAACACAUCGCAUGAAAUGAGAGGAUGCGAUGGGAAGCAAAGAAAGGAGUUCCUGGCAGAUCAUAGCACGCUGCUAAGACCUACGGGUAAAAAUCAUUUCCAUAAAGAAAACCCACAGAUAUACAGAAGUGUAGACAAAAGAUUUGCUACCUUGAGCACUCUGGACUACAUAAUCGCCAUCAUCAUCGUAAAUGUUUCCGAAAGGAAUUUCCCCAGCAGUUUUUCGUGUUGCCGGAUCUACUUUUUGGAGCGGCAUGAGAUUCAUAGCGUUGCCAGGACGAGAGAUGCCACUCUGUUGUUAGGAUUGUCACAAAAAAAAGAAACAAAAAACAGUCCGCUAGUUCAGUAACUUUUCUGCCUCCGUGAGUUUCUUGCAGCCUCUGCUCUUGUCUCGCUUUCCUCCGACUUUCGACAUUGCCAUUCUUAUUGAUAAUAACCCAAAGAAGAGAUGAGGCUGGCGUUUUCAGGCAUCAUAGUGAAAACAUAGUGAAUUAAGCCCGAUAAAGGGAAUGAGAAGUAUGAUGACUUUGGUCGUAGAGUGUGUACGGUGUCAUUGUCAGGACUCUGAAUGGAUCCAUUAUAACGGACCGCCACUCCGGCUGAAUCAGCGGGUCCCACUUUGUUAUUGGACCGUCUGCGCUAUCAGCCAAUGCCCCUUUUGUCACAUAGUCACAGACCCAGUGCAGUUUGAUUGAACGUUGCUUAAAAUAGCGCAAGUAGCCUCUCUAUCUAGUGUGCCUUUGCAAUCCCUUCUUCCUUUGCACGCUUUCUUUCUCUGUCCUUAUCUCCAGCACACCGUCUCACCGGCUGAGAUCAAUCGGGACGAAUAUCGAUGCACUUCAAUAAGUCGCGCCGAAAAAAAGAAAAAAGAAAAAGUUGAGGCAUCCCUAAGGGGCGAGUCCGGAGCAGUGGAAAGUAUCCGUUAUGGUAGAGCAAGCCCGUGCCACGGGACGAUGUAUUGUACAUUCUGUAACCAAUAUUGUUUUGCAUUGUAAAUACAGAUAGAUAAGCAGUAUGCACAUGAUAUCUAUCAUUUGACGUAAUAGUUUCGGGUACAUGAGGGGGGAUUUGCUCCCUCCACCAGAGUCAAACGGAAAACCCAGAGGUGAUAUGAAAA